UGGCUCAGAAAGGGCCUGCGAUAAGGUGCUGACACGGUAACCGAGCCCUGCGUUUCAACCCUUGAACAACCUGCCCCUAUGGCGAGUGGCUAUGGCGGCGGUGUCAUGACCGUGCCACAGCACGACUCCCUUCCAAUGGUGGAAGGUUGUGGCAAGGCUCGAGAGCAGCAGCCGCCAGCACGCACUCGGAUGUCCUCGUUCGGGGACGACAAUGACCUGGCGGAGGAACUGCCGCCCAACUGGAGCCUGCGCCGGUUCCAGGAGAAGGCCAAGAGCGUCCUCUUGGAGUACUAUGUGUCUCUUGCGCUGGAUGACACGGUGCUCUCCGCCCAGGAGCUGCUGGCUGCCUGCCCCUCACAGGCUGACGAGCUGGGGGUAGUGGCAAUCCAGGUCGCCCUGGACCAAGGGAAGGACGCCUCUACAGCGGUGGUGAAGCUGUUCGACGCCCUGAGCAGGUCGAAGAGCUUGGACCGGUCAGCCUUGAUCCGCAGCUUCGAAGAAAUAUUUUGCACCCUGGAGGACCUGAAGAUUGAUGCUCCCUAUGCCGAGAAGGGCAUCCUGGAGAUCCUUCAGGGAUGCAUAGAGGUCGGCUGCAUCGAGAUGAAGCUUCUCACAAAGCUUCCGGAGACAUUGCUUCGCGCCGGCCUUGCCUGUGAAGAGGGCUUGCUGUCCGGCGACUUCCGCGAUAUGCUGUCGAAGACGGUUUCUGAGCUGAAGGGGUUCAAGCAAGCAGCCCAGCGCUGCAUCGAGGAGUACUAUGUCAGCCUGAAUGCCGAGGAGGUGGGCACCGUUCUGCGGGAGCUGAACAUGAAGCCAUACCACCACGAGUUUGUGAAAAAGGCAGUGAUCAUGUCCUUCUCCCAGCCCACAGAGUUGGCUGGUCGGGAGGCAGUCCUGACCUUGCUGACGGCUCUCAGCAGGGAGGCGGGUCUCUCCAAGGAUGACAUCCAGUGGGGUACCACACGACUGCUGGGCUCGGUGUCUGACCUCAGCCUGGACUACCCCCGCUGUUCAGAAAUGCUCACAGAAGUCAUCAUCAGGCUUCUCACAGACGAGCUCGUGAGUGUGCCAUUCUUGCGGCGUUGCCGCCUCCUGCGUAUCGGAGAUGGCGCCGGGCUGAAAGUGCUCGAGGCGGUGCAGCGGCGCACCCCCGAGUACAGCAAGAAGCAGCUGAGCACCGCUGCUUUCAAGCGAGAGAUCAAGGAGAUGAUCCUGGAGUACUUUGAUUCAGGAGAUCACGAAGAGUUCGGCCGCUGCAUCCGCGAGCUGACGCCCUUGUCCUCGGAGCAGAGCGCCGAGCUGGUCCGCAAGACCAUGGUCUUUGCCAUGGAGCGCACCGCGGCGGAGUGUGAGCUUUCGCUGAAGCUGCUGAUUUGGAUUAGCCGAAAUGAGGAGCUCAGCGGCCAGGAGAUUGAGAACGGCUUUGACGACAUGUACAGGCACAUGCCCGACAUUCUGCUUGAUGUGCCGGAUGCGGAGGAGAUGGCACGGAGCUUUGUCGUUGAGGCCAUGAAGAACAAGGUGCUUCGGGAGAGCUGGCCGGACCCAGAGGAGCCAGAGUGAAGUGCGGAACAGGCGAGGGCGAGUUGCGCAGAGCGACGCGUGCAGACUCGGAAAGUGGCAGUGGGGCCCAAAGGAAGGAGUUGUUCG